AUGGCCGACAAGAUGGAAUCCGAAACCAAACAUGCUGAGCAGACUCGGCCUAGCCAGGAGAGCGAUGUCAAGAUCGUGAAGCUGCACAAGAUUGAAGGGGUGGAGGCCACUCAUGCGUCCAUCAUGGCCACGAAUAAGCCAAAUCAAUGGGGUCCUGGAUAUGUUCGAUUGUACUCGCUGGCAGCAUGCAUCUUCUUGAACUCCACGAUGAAUGGUUUCGACACUUCGCUGAUGGGAUCGAUCAAUGCUCUUCCAAAUUACACAGAAUACUACCACCUUCCCGCGAAAGGCAAUGCAAGUACUGGUAUCGUCUUCGCCAUAUUUCAGGUCGGACAAAUGGUCGGAUCACUCUUUGUUUGGAUUGCCGAUUGGAGAGGAAGAAGAUUUCUCGUUUUCAUCGGAGCGAUAGGAGUCUGUGUCGGAACCAUUGUUACCUCGACCGCUCCCACACUGUCCACCUUUAUUGGAGGCCGAUUUCUUCUCUCCUAUUUUGCAACUCUUGCCCACACAGGGGCCAUCAUUUACCUGGUAGAGAUGGCGCCAACACGAUACAGGGGCACACUUGCGGGUCUGUAUAACACCUUCUACUACUUCGGCUCCAUUUUGGCAACGUCAGCUGUUUAUGGAGCUCAUUUGCACCUCUCGGACAAUGGAAACAUGGACUGGCGUCUACCACUGUGGUUGCAAAUGGCUUGUCCAGGUAUGGUGGCUCUCGUGAUUCUGUUUUUUCCCGAGUCCCCUCGAUGGCUUGUUGCAAAAGACCGACAUGAAGAGGCCAGAGCCAUAAUCGCGCGAUACCAUGCAAAUGGGGAUUUCGACCAUCCUUUGGUGAACCUGGAAAUGAAAGAGAUGAUUGCCUCGCUCCAAUUUGAGGGCAUGACCACCUGGAAAAACUUCUUCGAUCUUAGAGUCCUGGUCAAAACAAGAGGCAGGCGAUACCGUUUGAUGCUGAAUGUGACCUUUUCUUGGUUUGGUCAAUUCUCUGGAAACAACAUCAUUUCAUACUACCUUCCCACCCUGCUUCAGAACGUCGGAAUAACAUCGACUAACAUGAAAUUGCUCUUAAACAUCAUCUAUGCGUUGGUGGGUUGGAUUUUCUCCAGUGCCGGAACUCGUUUCCACGAUAUCAUCGGACGAAGAAAGAUGUUUUUGAUCUCGACCUCCUGCAUGAUUGUUGCUCUUGCAGUCACGGCAGGGACUGCCGCAGAGUUUGUUCAUACAGGCAGUACCACGGCCUCAUCAGCAAGCAUCGCAUUCAUUUACAUUUUUGGCGCGGUCUUCAGCUUUGCUUAUACCUCGAUGCAACCAAUUUACCCCAGCGAAAUCAUGUCGAAUGACGCUCGUGCGAAAGGUGUCAUGACUUAUAAGCUCACUGCCGGAGCGUCAGGGUUCCUGAACACUUUCGUCGGACCGAUCGCGUUGAGCAAUAUCGGAUAUUGGUUCUAUGUUUUCUUUGUCUUUUGGGAUAUCUUUGAACUGGUCUUCAUCUAUUUCUUCUUCGUUGAGACCAAAGGGAUUUCCCUGGAAGAACUGGACGUCAUUUUUGAGGCUAAGAAUCCACGGAAGACCAGCACGGCGGUGAAGAAGGCUCAGACUCGAACAGAAAAAGCGUCUGAUGGCCGAGUUGAAGCCGAUAUAAAAGAGGUUGCUUGA